CCUAUCUGCCAUAUGCUUGUAGUGCCCACAGAGGCCAAAAGACGGCAUUCAGUCUCCUGGAACUGGUGUACCGGAUGGCUGCGAGUCACCACACGGGUGAUGGGAAUUGAAACCGUUCCCUGUGGAAAGAGCAGCCAGUGCUCCUCACUGCUGAGCCAGCUCUGCAGCUGCUCAGUACCUACUUCUGAGUUUUCUCUUGCCCCUUGGGGUCACACUGUUUUGAUCACCCUGAAGGGGAGAGUCCUGUAUUUCAGUUUCAUUUAGAGAGAAGACACUCUGUGAGCCCCUUUCCUUUCUUCUCCCAUUGACAAAUAGAAUUCAGUGUGUGUGUGUGUGUGUGUGUGUGUGUGUGUGUGUGCAUGCAUGAGUUGCACGUGCGUGAGUUGCAUGUGCGUGAGUGCACAGGAAGUCAAAGCAGGAUGUUGGACACCUUCUUCUCUCACUUUGCACACACUAUUACCUUGAGAGAGGUUCUCUCACUGACUGGGAAAGCUCACCCCUCUUGAUUAGACUGGCUUGCCAGCAAGCUCUCAGGCUCUGCCUGCCUCUGCCCCCAAUGUUGGGGUUACAGGCACAUGAUGUCAUGCAUGGAGUUUUGUGUUGACUGUUAGGGAUUUGAACUCAGGCCCUCAUGCUUGCAGAGCAAGUACCCUUACCUACUAUAUCAUCUCCUGAAGCAAGAAAUAAUAAUAAUUCUUCUUCUUCUUCUCCUUCUUCUUCUUCUUCUUCUUCUUCUUCUUCUUCUUCUUCUUCUUCUUCUUCUUCUUCUUCUUCUUUUAUUUUAAAUGUUGGUUUUUAGGACAAGUUAUUUCUGAGGAGUCCUUGCUGAGCACAAAGCCUCCAUUUUGAACACUUCUAUUUCCGUCUCGUUCUGUCUACUUUGUAUUUGUUUGAAAACAUGUUCUUUGUGUAUUCUUAAUGGCUGCUGACUUCCUAAGGCUGCUGACAAACCUCAGCUACCCUGUUGGCCUCUGUUUUGUCUCUUCUGAAGAAAAUAGCCUACAGAAUGUAGAAACACAUCAACCUUGACUGUGGUCCAAGUUAUUAGAACAAGGAGGAAGUUACUCUCUGGGGACUGGGUAGGGAGAGUGGGAAAUCCAACACAAUAGAAACUCAAAAGGAGCGCUGAGCAAAAUCAAUGUCCCUUUGCUGGUCCAAGAAGUUCACAGACUGUUGAGAACACACAGUAUUUGACCCGUGGAUGCUGGAAAGGAAAACCCAGAAGACUCUGCAGAAGUGAUGUAUGGGGAAACAGCUCUGUGUAUUUUGGUGUGGCCAAGGCUGUCAAAGCUGGAGAAAAUCCCCACUAGACAUGGUCUCAUCUCUGAGAACCUCUGCCAAAAGAGAUAACUGAGGCUCUGGCUGGGAGCUCCAGCACAUCCCCGUACCUUCCCUCGGCGCAUGCUCACACAGUACCUGUUCCGGGAGAUUUACUUCUUGAAAACAGACCAAUAGCUCAUAAGUAGUUCCUGGCACUUCAGAUGCCAAAGCAAAGGUGGGGAGACAUGAUUCCAGGAAAAAGAGCAGCUCCGUGAAUAGAACAUUCCUGAGCUUGUUCUUUUACCCCCUGCCCCAAGCUGUUCACUUCCCUUUUCCAAAUGGUUCAAUUUAUGCUGCUGAAAGCAAUCCCCCUCCCUUUGGGGUUGCUGGAUGGAACGCCUAUCUCACACAUGCUAAGUAAGUCCUCUGCCACCCUUCUUUGUUUUUGCCUUGCCUUGGACCUGGCAGAAGAAUGGACUCCUGAGUUUGCUGGAGAAGAGACUUCAGGGUACUGUCCUCGUCCCUCUAGCUACGGGAGGACGGGAAGACUUGUUCUGCUUUCUUGGUUUUACACUCCCCCAUCCCUCUCCCUUUGAGCAUUUAUCAGUCAGUGCAUUUAAUUUUUAAAAAUUUUAAGUAGUUGUGAAAAUUGGAGUAUUCAAAAAAUGCGGUGUUGUGGGAAAGCAGCCGUCCCCGUUCCCCCCACCCCCCAGUGGUCCAGUGGAGUGUUAUGAACGCCGUGCUGCACGCUCCUUUAGAAUUCCUAUGUUACACUUACCCCUGUGCCGUCUUCUCUCUUAAGAAAUCAUUGACUCCACCUAUUGAGUCCAGCAAAUUCAUAUUGACAAGGCAUCAUCAAAUUAGAGUUUCACACCUCACAAGAGUAUUGAUUAUGCGAAUGUAGUCCCUUAAACUUAUCUUAAAAUUAUUUCUAAUUUAAAAAUGUUUUUGAGCACUGUAGGGUUUUUUUUUUGCCUCAAAACUAUGUUUAUAAUGGUUUAGUUUUAAAGUCAGAAUUAUGUUUCGUCUCGUAAACAGGAGAGGGAGAUGACAGGUUUGUUUAGAUCAACAUAAGACAGGAAGGGAAGUGGUACCAAGGAGCCAAUGUGAAAUGAGGAUGGUGGUGGCUUCCACACUUGGAGAUGAAGUGGGGUUAGCAAGGGUUCUGGUGGGUGUGGUGGGAGAAUGAACUAUGUGUUCUCAGAAGAGAGGGCACAACACACAAGGGAAGGAUACCUUAGGACUCAAGGAGUAUUUCAGAUCUGACUCCUCCUGCCUGUCUGAGACCACCCCUCCCAUCCCUUUUCUUUGCCAUCUGCCCAAGACAAGAUAAUAAUCUCCAGCUAGGAAAAUGAAAUCCAGACUUAGAAUGUACACUAUUAAAAAGUCAUCCAAACGUUUCUCAGAAACAACGGGCUACUGCAUAGUUUAGUAGGUGUUUCUCUACUGAAAACAAACACAUUCAUUUGUCUUAGCUUUCUUCCCAAUUCCUCACUUUUGAAACAAAGCACAGAUGGAGCGUCCCAUAAAGCCAAGAUAUUCACUUUUUCUAAGAUGAAAUCGGGUCUCCCCCCUUGAUUAGAAAAUAACACAAGUUUCUCGUUAAAAAUAAUUCAGGCGGCACUAGGACAUUACAAAGAAAUCACCUGUCAUCUCACUGCAUAGAUAAAUUAAAAAAAAAAAGCAACAUUUGUUUUCCUAAAGCAACAUUUGUUGUGUGUGUGUCUGCAAAAAGAAAAUGCUGGAGACACAUCUCUAUUAACAGCAAUUAUCCCUGGAUGGCUUGGAGAGAGCAGGGGCAGGAAGACUGAUAGAUGGGUUUAGAGAUUCUCUGGAGCUAGGGUGUGGUUCAAGGAUGCUUGCCUAGCAUGACCAAGGGCUAAUGGGAGGAGAUGAGUGGAGAUAGCUCAUAAAGACUUCUUCAGGCAAGUCUACAGAAAGCGGGCUGUACACCCAAAGACAAGGGCUCUGGUUGACUGGGGAAGCAGGUCAGGAGAGGGUGCUUUUCUUUUCUUUCUUUCUUUUUUGACUUUUAGGUAACAGGAAGUAUAGCGUAUUUGUUUGCUGAUGGGAAUGACUAAAAAAAGACCAAACUGAUGUUGAGAGGGGAGGGUGGAGCAAUGUAGGUGAUGGGGAGAGGCCUCUUACCUCUGCUGAGAGGUGUAGUUAGAAGCUGGGUUUUUUCUAGUAAUGGUGUUGCUUUGCCAUUGCUCUCGUCUAUAAACGGUCUCUUUCUUGUCACAUGCGCAAUAGAGGUUUUCUCUUUUGUAUUUUAACUCUUGCCAAUGGCUAUUUUCUUCCCAUUAAACAUUUUUUUAUUAAUCAGGCAUUGGUAGUGUAUGCCUUUAAUUCCAGCACUAGGAAGGCAGAGACAGAGAGGCAGGGGUGCAGAGAGGCAGAGAGAGGCAGAGAGGCAGAGAGAGGCAGAGAGAGGCAGAGAGGCAGAGAGGCAGAGAGGCAGGGGUGCAGAGAGGCAGAGAGGCAGAGAGGCAGAGAGGCAGAGAGGCAGAGAGAGGCAGAGAGGCAGAGAGGCAGAGAGGCAGAGAGGCAGAGAGGCAGAGAGGCAGAGAGAGGCAGAGAGGCAGAGAGGCAGAGAGGCAGAGAGGCAGAGAGGCAGAGAGGCAGAGAGGCAGAGAGGCAGAGAGGCAGAGAGGCAGAGAGGCAGAGAGGCAGAGAGGCAGAGAGGCAGAGAGGCAGAGGCAGAGUCAGACAGGUGGACCUCUGGGUUUGAAGCCAGCCUGGUCUACAGAGUGAGUUUCAGGACAGCCAGGGCUACACAGAGAAACUUUGUCUUUUUAUUGUUAGAGUACAAAUCACAACCUCAUAAGAGCGUGGCUCACUUGAACCACUGCAUAGGGGUUCCUUUGUUUCUUUGCCUUGAGGUUUGUUGUUCUUGUUUGUUUUUCUGUCCUGGAGAUGGAAUCCAGACCUUCCUCAUGAUAGUGCUAUUCAAGGUCAUUCUGCCUGCAUGUCUGCCUGCACACCAGAAGAGGGCGCCAGAUCUCAUUACAGAUUGUUGUCAGCCACCGUGUGGUUACUGGGAAUUGAACUCAGGAUCUACUGGAAGAGCAGCCAGUGCUCUUAACCUCUGAGUCAUCUCGGUAGCCCAUCAAGUUCCUUCUGAAGGAUGAUUUGGAAAAGAUUUUUUUUUUAAGUUUUCAUCUCCCAUGUGCCUCUAUUGCAGCCUGAAAUGCAAGAGUUUCCAGAACCCUGUGCUGAUCCAGAACCUGAGUUUUGAGAACCACUGGUUCUUUUCUAGAAGUUUUCAUAUAAUUGCAAUAGCUUUUCUGACAUGGCUUCCCUAUCAGGUUUAGGGCACUGCUCUUCUGGUAGUGCCAGUAGAAACCACUGGGUAUAGAGUCAAACCAUCAAAAAUACAGAAGAACCCAGUGAGUUAGAUGAACUAGGGCUUCACCCCAUUGCACUGAUGUAUAAGGAGAGUCUAAACCUUUCAUGUGUGGUAUGAGGGGUGAUCCAUGAGACAAUGAGUUCCUGAGUCUGUGUGUUCAUGCAGGAAGGAAAGUUCCUAAAUGUUCUAAAAAUGUUCUGCUAAGCAUCCAGGGCCAGUGGGAACUGAGUAAUAGAGUAUCUCUUAGCUCUGUUCUGUGUGAACUGUGAUGAGGUCAGCUGGGAGAGGUAUGAGUACCAUUGCAUGUGGUGAGGGUUUUGAUGGCUCCUAAGGCUGGCUUAUGUAUUGGGAGGGCUGACUGUGGACCACCAAGUCAGUGCCUCUUAUUAAGCAGUGACCCAAGACUAGGCUGCGAAUGGAGACAAAUCCGCCAUAUUUAUAAAGAAACUUUCCAAAGGGGAAUGUAGUCAGGGUUUGAUGAGAGCAGUGUGGUGGGAUAAACAGGAUACAUACUCCAGUUACCUUUAGAUGACUAUUGAAUAAUUCCCUUUCAUGCAGGUAGAAUCCAAGGGGGAAUUCAGUAGGUUCCUUUACUGCAUUUUUAAAAUGCUGAUUUUUAUUAUUCUUUAAUUAUGUGUACAUGUGCAUAUUAGUGCAGGUGCCUGCAGAAUCUAGACGGUGUGGGGUUUUCUACAACUGGCAUUAUAGGCAGUCAUUAAGUGAGUUACAUGGGAGCAGGGAACAGAGAACAGGUUAUCUUAACCACCGAGUUCUUUCUCCAGCCCCAGUUUCAAUGUAUUUUAAAAGGCUUGUGUGGAUUCCUGGAUUUGGGCAGCCUUUAGAAUACUGUCUUUUGCCUGUCUGCACUGGUUGCCUCUUCAGACAGGCUCUCCCCACUGUGGCAAAAACCAGCUUUGGAUUCCGGCACCUAUACAUUCCUAAGGAGGAUGGCUUUCCUAUCCAUUAACAAAAAGACUCAGGAAAGGGUCUUGUCUUUGUCUGGAUUGGUCUUGUGACUGGGGCAUGCAGUGGUCUGGUUGGUGAGAUCUGAGCCAUGGAUUCUCUCUCUGAGAGUGUGAUUAGAAGAGGCGUCUCCCGGAAGGGAACAGAAGACCCUGUUAUUCAAAGGCAGGGCAGGGCCAGGGAGGGAUAUCUGUAGGCAGCGAAACAAGAGGCCAGGGUUGAUGUUGGUGGAGUGAGUGCGCUUGCUCUCCAGUGGUGGAGCUGGAUGCCACAGGAUGUGUCAUCCAGAAUGGAGUCGUAGUGGGGGAUGGGCGGCAGAGCAUGCUUCUCCCGUCUCAUAGGGAAAGGACUACUAGUAAGUUAUUAAUAUAAGUUAUUAAGUGUGGUAGGUUGGAGAGUUGGCUCUGGAGUUAGGAGCACUGGUUGCUCUUGCAGAGGACCCAGUUCAGACGCCAGCACCCACAUGCUGGCACACAAUUGUCAGCAAUUCCCGCUCCCCAUUUGGCCUCCUAGCCACACAGACACCAGGCUUACUUACAGCCAAACACUCACACACAUUAAGUAAACAGAACUGCUCAGAGCUGGCAGUGGUGGCACACGCCUUUAAUCCCAGCACUCAGGAGGCAGAGGCAGGUGGAUAUCUGAAUUUGAGGCCAGCCUGGUCUACAGAACAAGUUCCAGGACAGCCAGGGCUCCGCAGAAAAAUUCUGUCUUAAAAAACAAAAUGUAAAAUGUAUUCAAACCUACACAAAGGGCCACAGGCAACUGAGGAAUAAGGAAGCAGGAGAAAUGGUCUUUCCAGAGACGAGCGCACCAAUUGUUUACACAAUACCACGCGGUCAGCACUGAACUGAUUCAUUUAGUAGUGUGUGUGUGUGUGUGUGUGUGUGUGUGUGUGUGUGUGUGUGAUUAGACAUUUGCAUAUGCAAUAACAAUUAAUGAAAAAAGAGUUAAUGGAUUUGAAAGAGAGCAAGGAGGGGUCUCUGAGGGGUUGGAGGGAGGAAAGGGAAGGAAGAAAUAAUAAAAUUAUAUCAUAAUUACAAAAAUAUUAAAUGAGAGGCUAGAGAGAGCUCACCAGUUAGGAGCACUUGCCGCUCUCACAGAGGCUGGGUUUGGUUUCAGCACCCAAGUGGUGGACCAAAUCUAUCCAGGCCUCCAGGUCCACAGGAUCUGAUUGGUUCCCUCUUCUGGAUCAGGCUCACACGUGCUUCCUGUUCACAUGCUAGCUCAGUAGGUAAAGGUACUUGCUGUCAAGCCCAAACCCAACUUCAGUACCCAAGACUCAAGAGAACUAAUUUCCACAAGUUUUCCUUUGACCUCCAUACACCAGCCUUGCCCCUCUCAUGUGCGUGCGUACACAUAAGCCAACAAACUGAUUAAUUCAUACUUUGUUUUCAUGAAAAACAAAAAAUAAUUACCUUAAUCUCUAAGUCGAAUCAACACUUCCCAAGUUAAAAUAAAACCUGGUUCUUCUCUAAGGCUAUUUUUGAGGAGAUUCUCUGCUUUUGAAUUAUCAGAUAAUAGGGUUGUGUGUAAAUUCAGUUCGAUUGGCUUGGUUGUUUUAUUUUUAGUUCUUAUGCUCUGUGCUGUCUAGUUAAAGCAGGGUCAUCUCUCUGGCGUCCUCCUUAUAUGCAUAGCACAGAACAAUCUUUUUUGGUUUUUCUACUUGUGUACUGUGUUUGCACAAUUUCUCUUCCCUUUCCUCCGUCCAAAUCCACCCAUGGCCCUCCACACAUUGUUUUCUAAAUUCAUGGCCUCCUAGUUUUUAAUUAUUUACACACACACACACACACACGUAUGCACACACACACAAGCAAACUGCUGAGAUCACUUUGUGUUGCUCAUAUGUUCACGUGUAUAUGUAUUUACGGCUGAAGCAUCUUUCAGUUUCUGGAGAAGACUGAUUCUCCCUCUCUCAGCAACCUUUAAGAACCUGUAGCUGUUCGUCCCAGGCUGAGACCUGGAACAUGUCCCCCGUCCACAGUGGUGGGUCAAUGUCAUUUUGAGGCCCUGUCUAUGAGAUCACAUUGAGACUUCAUGUGCACAGCUUUCCUGUCACAAUAAAAGGCAGUACCUUGCAGCAGACGUCUUGUCCACUGGCUCCAAAGGUCCUUUCUGCCCUUUUCCUAAGACGGUCCUUGAGCUUUUGGUUGGGGCUGUGUUAUAGAUGUAUCAGUUGGGGUUGGGGAAUACCAUACCACUGGUGUGUCCAGCAUAUUAUACAUCAAUAUGUUAUAGUCCCUAGAAAAACUGAAUUGAACUUCACAAAGAGCCACGGCACAGGGUACGAGAGUGAGAACCACACAACCCCCAUCCUCUGUGGUGCCCAGUACAGAAUACACACCCACGGUGUCUUCCGAGGCAUUCAGGAUGUGCGGCGCGUAUCUGGAGUGGCCCCAACUCUUGUCCGGUCAGCAUCUGAAACCAGUGAGAAGCGUCCUUUCAUGUGUGCGUACCCAGGCUGCAAUAAGAGAUAUUUUAAGCUGUCCCACUUACAGAUGCACAGCCGGAAGCACACUGGUGAGAAACCAUACCAGUGUGACUUCAAGGACUGCGAGAGAAGGUUUUCUCGCUCAGACCAGCUCAAAAGGCACCAAAGGAGACACACAGGUGUGAAACCAUUCCAGUGUAAAACUUGUCAGCGAAAGUUUUCCCGGUCCGACCACCUGAAGACCCACACCAGGACUCAUACAGGUAAAACAAGUGAAAAGCCCUUCAGCUGUCGGUGGCACAGUUGUCAGAAAAAGUUUGCGCGGUCAGACGAAUUAGUCCGCCAUCACAACAUGCACCAGAGAAACAUGACCAAACUCCAGCUGGCGCUUUGAGGGGUCCGACCCGGAGACAGUCCAGCGUCCCAGGCAAGAAAGUGUGCAAACUGCUUCCAAAUCUGAUUUUGAAAUUCCUCCCUCUCACCUACAAAAGGACAUGAUGGUGGAUCUUCAUCCGACUUCCAAGACAGCACACCUGUUUGACUGCGUCCUAUCAGGUUUGCCGGAAGGAGUCGGUGCUCUGCCCACUCUUGAUUAACUCCCAGGCCUGAAAAAAGUGGCUCACAGUGUCUAGAAAGCCCAUUGACAUUGUCUGGAUUUUCUACCACUAGAAGAACCAUUGCUGAUAAUGUCCCCUGACUUUCCUCUUUUCCUUGUGCUCAUUUCGCUGGGAUUAGAGCGGUUGUUCCAUUUUCUUUCAUGGGAUAUUUAUAGGCCAGGGCAUGUGUAUGUGUCUGUUAAUGUAAACCCUGUCAUGGUCCCCAUUUACUAACAGCCCUAGAAAGAAAUAAAUCAGAGAGCAAGGUACCAGGGGCAAGUAUGGCGCAGAAUUCCAGAGGUCAGGCUGCAAACCUGGAAACCCGGAAGGCCGGAUGUAAUUCUACCAGAUGGUUUUUAAAGCUCAUAGGUUUCGGAGUAACCGCAUAGUGGAUUAGAACCCCUAACUAGAACCCCUGUAUAGUUAGGACAGGAAGGCACCUUCCUGCUCAUCUAUUCACUGUCGUUAACGUUAGCACUGUGCUCUUAAGAAAUGAUGUUUUAAGAGCAGAGAUUUUUUUUAACGUUUCUGAUUUAUUUUUUAGUUGUAAUUAGGUAUAUCUUCAGAGAUCUACUUUCCUCCUCAUGUGAAGGAAGUGAAAGAUUCAUUCCCAUCAUCUGGGGUGUCUUUAGAGUGUACAGUCCACACUGGCUAUGUGGCUUCAAGUUGUAAAAAUUAAAAUGACUUUAAAAGAAACUAGGGGCUGGUCCAGGAUCUUCACUGGUAAGACUGUUCUUAAGUAACUUAAGUAUCUUUGAGUCUGCAAGUAUGUGGGGAAAAAAAAAGAUAUAUUAUUGUGAGGCAAUCCAUUGUUUAAAGGUGUGCGUGUGUUGUUGUUUCUUUUUUUUAAAGGGAGGGAGUUAAUUAUUUACUGUAGCUUGAAAUACUGUGUAAAUAUAUAUGUAUAUAUAUGAUGUGCUCUUUGUCGACUAAAAUCAGGAGGUGUAUGGGUAUUAGAUACAUCACUGUGUGGAUGUCAACCUUACAGUGUAUCAAUGAUAAUACUAAAAAUGUAACCUGCAUUUUUUUUCACUUGGCUGUCAAUUAAAGUCUAUUCAAAAAGCAAA